AUGGCUUCAUCUACCCCGAAUACAAUUCAUACUCCAUCCCCACCGCCUGCACAGCAACAUUCUGUUGAUCAUAGAGCUUCAAAGCAUGCCCUUAACCCCGAUCCUACGUUUAACGCAACCAAGCAGACUCGACCAAACCAGCGUAGCAGUCCAGCUCAUGGAAACAACAUCACACAGCACACAAAGCGCAAUGGGCGCCCAGUUGUUCCUUCUUUUACACAAGAGCCUGCUCUUGGUUCCUCUACGUCGACUGGACGAACGACGUCCCCAAGGCCCACCUAUUCCAGUGCAGCGUCUGCAUCUAUAGUUUCUGCCAGCGGAGCUACAGAACCCCAUGAGCAGCGCCGGACUUCUCGCCAUACACAUUCUGGAACGCUUAACCUCGACCUCCUUCCACAAAGGACACAAUCUGCCCCACCAGAGCUUCAUGAGGAGAUCCCGUCGUCCGCUUCUACCUUUACUCAAGUAAAGGUCGAAACAAAAGAUAAUGCGGAAAAGAAAACGGAAAUUCUGCCCGAAAUUCUGCCCGAAAUUCUGCCCGAAAUUCUUCCUGCCUUUGUCCCUAUGCCUUCGAGUAUGGUUGAUCCCUCAAUCGAGUCUGCCCAAAGGCCUUCUCAUGAUGGAAGAGAUUUCAUUCCAAAUUACUAUAAGCCACCUGCUGCAAGCUACACGUCCUCAUCCACUCUUCUUUACCCAACAAUGCCCUAUCCAAACUCUCCUUAUACCCUUACAGGUUAUACGCCUCAUGGAAUAGCCUUAUAUUCGAUGAACUACAUGCCUUCGCCUAUUGCUUCCGUUUCUUCCCCUCUUGUUACUUCGUUUGCCCCGCCAUCUUCCUCAUCAUCUUCUUCUUCGGCCACACUUUUUGUUAAACCCCCGACGUCGCGAAAGACUAUCAGCAUUAAGCAUCCAGAUACAAAAGAAGAAAUUGUAAUUUCUAAACCCACGGUUUUACCAGAUAAAGUGACACCAAAUGCCGUAGAAGUUCAAUCUGAAAUCGACCCCAAAAAGGAUGAUGUUGAGCCUGUUUGUCAACUCGAAACAACCCCGUGUUGCGAAAUGAUAUUGCCCACAAUUGUGCUCUCUAAAGUAGAGCCGCUUGAAAAGGAAGAAUUAGCUGAGAAGAAUACUCUCGAAGAAUUGCUUGAGGGUAUGUCAAUUGAAGAACCAGCUGCAAAGGUUUCACAAGCAGAAGCCGUGCCUCUUGGUGAGGAAAAGAUUGAAAAUCUGAGCUCAAGGAUUUAUGACAAAAAAAUGCUGUACGCACUUCUUCAAUCGCAGAAGUUUGAAUGUCCCUCUAUGGAAGACACCUUUAGGACUUUUCUAGACUUACUUGAACGGGCUUCUUCUUACUCCUUACAAGGUGCUUCACGCGGUGGUGAAAAGCGUCACCAUCACUCUGGGGCAUCUGGUCAAAAGAUGGGUGCACCUCCUGGAUACGAAGCAUCUGGGCCUCCUGGAUUUUCUAGGCGCCAAGAUGGUGGUGCAAGUCGCUCUUCACGUGGUGACUCUUCUCCUAGUCAUGGUGCAAUUCAGCGAGGACGUGUUUCCUCCACUCCACUGAUUGCAAGGCGAGCAGCCUCACCGCAGCCAGUGCUUCUUCCUACGGAGGGUCGUUGGGUACGUCCUACGCUGGUUAAGGAUGAAUCCACAAAAACAGAUAUAGUGCUGCGUCUCGUUAAUGGAUCCCUCAACAAACUCACGCCAGACAACUUUGAACGUCUUUCGAUGACUGUAAUCCAGACGCUGGUGGGUCCCCUAGGCGUUCUCGUCUCUGCAUAUCCAAAGCUUUCAAAAGCAGUGAUGGCAAAUGAAGAACCAGUGUGGAGUGAAGAUGAAGAUGAGGCAAGAUCGCUUCUUGCCCAGGUUAUUGGAGCUUUUUUUGACAAGGCUGUGGAUGAGCCGCACUUUGCUCCCCUAUAUGCUGGUCUAUGUCGUGUAAUUGCAGAUAAUCCCCAACUUCCAGAGUAUCCGGCGCGAAAAUCGACCACCGACUCUACAUUGGCUCCGGUCUCCAUGUUCCGUAUGGCUCUGUUGCAUCGCUGCCGCGCAGAAUAUGAAAAAAAAAUUGCUUGGAGUAACAACUCGGCUAGUUCUACUUCAUUAUCAGGAUCUAUUUCUUGCGAUACCACAGCUACCACGGAUAAAAGCUCUGCUUGCGUAUCUUCCGGUACGGAGGUUUUGGACGAGGCCGAAAUAGAGUUUACCAGGCUGAAGACAAAGCGCCGAGUUUUGGGAAAUAUCGCCUUCAUUGGCCAUCUGUACAAGCAUGGCUUGCUGCGUGAAGAAAUCAUUCUUUCAUUGGUGCAGGAGACACUCAAUGCCUCUUCGUCCGAUGAGGACGAUCUUGAAUGCUGUAUCCAAAUGCUGAACUCGACAGGCUCCAAACUUGAGGCUUCCUCGGCUGCCCGACUCGAUGUCUUCUUUACCAAGUUGCAUACAUUGACUACGUCCGAAUCAAAGCUUUCCAAUCGCAUUAAGUUUGCCAUUAUGGACCUUAUUGAUUUGCGCAAGGCCGCAUGGCACAAAGAUCUCAUUUCUAAAGUUAGUCAGCAACAACAGCAACAUACAGGAAGAGGCCCGAUAGGCAUAGCAUCGGCGCCUGCACUUCUUCGUAGCACAUCUUCAUCCUUGGGAACUCCCGGACGCAGGAGAGGAGAUUUCACAGAGGUCAGGUCAAUUGCUACAAGAUUGCCAACCGGAAAACCAUCCGUAAAUUCAAGCUCCGUAUCCACGUCUGCUGGUUUCUCUUCAAAUAAGCUUUCAACGACGUCAGCUAGCAAAAACAAAUUUGGACUCCUUAAUGAUAUAGGUGUUGCCAGUGAUGAUUCUGGAAAUCAAAAUAGCCUUGGCAGUCUGUCAGAAAAGAGUGAUGACGAGAUGGACGUUGAUGUGAAUGAGCAUCUGACCCAAGAACGCACGGUCCUAAUUUCGAUCUUAAAAUCGGCUAUGAAUGAGGACCCUUCGCAGAAUGACCUCACACAGAUGGCGCAACGGGCACGAGCUCUUAUGGAAGCUGAACCGUCACUUGCCGCGCUCCUUUUAUCGGAGACCUUUGAUGCAAGCGAGACAAAGCAACUAAAGCUUUGUUCAUUUUGCCAAUUGAUGACAACAACAGCCCCGAUUCCAGAUACUCUGUUUGAGGUGCUCUCUGAGACCAUAAGGCUUAAUUUUGAGUCCUGGGUCGAAGAUAUGCCGUUGCUUGGUGUCAAUCUUGGGCGUCUUCUGGCAAAUUUGCUUGGCGGCCAUCAUGAGACCUUUAACGGGGGCACUGCUUUUGUGCCUCUCAAAAUCUCGCCAGAAAUUGGGCAUAGUUAUGCCAUUGCACUCGCAGGGUCUUUGUUGCGCCACCUUAAAAUUCCCCUUUCCCUUGAACAGGUCAAGGCGUGCACCGAAUCCUUGGGCGUUGCACCUGGCGAUCUGGACCUCUUUUGUGAGACGCACAAAAUUCCUCGUAUCUAA